GAGCCAAGCCAAACAGAGCCCUAUCCGCUGCCAGUUUGAAUUUCGACGUGUUGCCAGCCACAUCGUGAGCGCAUCAAAUUUUGACAGCAACUCGCCGCAUAACAAACUCCGUAAAAAUGAGCGCCGUGGAUGCCAUCAUCAACUAUAAACGCAGUCCCAACGAGGACUUUUAUGCUCUGCUCCAUUGCGAUGAGACCUCAUCGCCGGAGCAAGUCCAGGCCGAGUACAAGGUUCUGGCGCUUCAAUAUCAUCCCGACAAGAACUGCGGCGACAAGGAGGCGGAGGCUAAGUUCCAGCUACUAAAGGAGGCCAAGGAGACCCUUUGCGAUCCGGAGAAGCGCGCGGUGUACGACAAGUGGCGCAACAGCGGCAUCUCAAUGAGCUACAAACAGUGGCUCGGCAUGAAGGAGCACGUCGGCCAGGUGAGAAGAUACACAAUUGCCGAGAAAGUGGAUAAAGAGUCCAUGCAUUGGGCCACACCUAAGACCAAGGACCGCAUGCUACCGGAGACUGACGCUGGAGUUGCUCCGGCUGGCGCUGGUUGCAGCAGCGGCGGCCUUACAGCCGCCUCCCCGAAUCCGGCCCAUCGACGGGCCUCGGAGGGCGGAGCCGCACUCUACUACGGCAGCCGCAAGGCCGAGUGGGGUACUGAGAACACAGAUGUGGCCAAUAAGUUCCGUAAUUACGAGAUCUAAGCGGCAUUUCAGCAAUGCUAAAAGAGUGUGCGGUGCCCGUGAUGAGUAUCGAUGUUAUGAGAUAAAAUAGAAGCGAGUCGAAACGUAAAUUUUAUGCAUAUUUAUAGCCCAUCGAAGGGCAGUAUAUCUCGAUGUGAGUUUCAAGAAUACAUAUUCCAAUUAAUAUAU